AUGUCAAUCUUUCUCUGUUUCCUCUGUCUUUUGCCUAUUUUCUUGAUUUCCCUAUUAAUCUUCUCAAAAAAGCUCAAACCCUCAAUAGGGAACCUUCCUCCAGGCCCCAAGACGCUUCCAAUCAUCGGAAACUUACAUAACCUCCAAGGAUUGCCUCACACAUGUUUCCGCAACCUCUCUCAAACAUUCGGACCGGUGAUUUUUCUCCGUUUAGGAUACGUCCCCUUGGUCGUGAUCUCAUCCAAAGAAGCAGCAGAGGAAGCUCUCAAGACACAAGAUCUUGAAUGCUGCAGCCGACCAGAGACGGUCGCGACCAGAAUGAUCUCUUACAACUUCAAAGACGUCGGGUUCGCUCCUUACGGUGAGGAAUGGAAAGCGUUAAGGAAGCUCGUAGUUGUUGAGCUCCUGAAUAUAAAAAAGUUUCAGUCUUUCAGAUACAUAAGAGAAGAAGAGAAUAACUUGUUGGUCAAGAAACUAACCGAAUCGGCUCUUACUCAAUCUCCGGUGAAUCUUAAGAAGACCCUCUUCACGCUCGUCGCGAGCAUCGUCUGUAGGCUAGCGUUCGGGAUCAAUAUCCACAACUGCGAGUUCGUAGACGAGCACAACGUUGCUGAUCUUGUUCACAAGUUUGAGCUGCUCGUCGAUAGCAUUGCCUUCUCUGACUUCUUCCCUAAAGUGGGUUGGCUUAUCGACCGCAUCUCCGGCCAGAACAAGACACUGAACAAUGUUUUCUCGGAGCUAGACACUUUCUUCCAGAACAUUCUCGAUGAUCAUCUUAAACCUGGAAGGAUAGUAUCAGAGAGCCCUGAUAUCGUUGAUGUGAUGGUUGACGUGAUGAAGAAGCAAGAGAAAGAUGGAGACUCUUUCAAGCUCACCACAGAUCAUUUCAAAGGAAUCAUCUCGGACAUAUUUCUUGCAGGAGUGAACACAAGCGUCAUCACAUUGAUAUGGGCGAUGACAGAGCUGAUUAGAAACCCUAGAGUGAUGAAGAAAGUGCAAGAAGAGAUUAGGACAACACUUGGGGACAAGAAGGAGAGGAUCACAGAAUAUGAUCUAAUUCAGCUUCACUACUUCAAGCUCGUGGUGAAGGAGACAUUUAGGUUACACCCAGCAGCUCCACUUUUGCUGCCAAGAGAGACAUUGUCUCAAGUCAAGAUCCAAGGCUACGAUAUUCCAGCAAAAACACAGAUGAUGAUCAACAUUUACUCGAUCGCACGCGAUCCGAAACUAUGGAAAAACCCGGAUGAGUUUAAUCCUGACAGGUUUCUAGACAGUUGCAUAGAUUACAGAGGACUGAAUUUUGAGCUUUUGCCGUUUGGUUCUGGCCGGAGAACCUGUCCAGGGAUGACAAUGGGGAUCGCCACCGUGGAGUUGGGACUGUUGAAUUUGCUCUACUUCUUCGAUUGGGGUUUGCCUCAAGGGAAGGCUGUGAAAGACAUCGACUUGGAAGAAACUGGAUCGAUCAUUAUCAGCAAGAAAGAAACUCUUGAACUUGUUCCACUUCUUCAUUACUGA